UGCGCAUUGUCAAUGAAAAUACAGGCUGACUGAGAAGACACAAAAAUCCUAGACCAUAUAACAGUUAUCUGUUUAAAAUAGAUAAAUUCUUUUGAGGAAUCAACGUAUUUAGGUUAAAAUUCUGGCAUGAGCCAGACUCAGGAAAGUGCCUAUGGCAGACCAACCUGAGGAAGCAAGUGGGGGGUCAGAACAUCACCACAUCCCAGGGGCAGCAGUGCACCACUCAAAGUACACACAACAAUUUCCUGAAGAAAAAAAAUCUCGCUCCAAGCGAGGAAACAAAAGAGGAUCCUCAUUUCCUAUAGAAAGUCACUCUGCAAGUAAAAGCAGUAAACUCACGAACGAUCCCACUGAGUCAACUCGACCUCGGAGAAAUUCACUUGACUCAGUUGGCAGUAGCUCAGCAAGUUCAUCAACUCGACUGUCAUACCGGCGUCAGUCAGUGGAUCUGCCUAUUGAACCAUACGCAAUAUCUCAGAAUUUACGUUCCAAUUCUAACGCAUCUGUGAUAGAAGGAAUACCUUACUAUAAAACAAAAGAAAAACCAAAAGAGACGAAACGAAGUGCCCAACGAACAGUCGACCACACCACCAAGAAACAAAAAACCAAGCAGAGAGAGGAUAAAAAUAAACAUCCAGAAACAAAAUCUCUGAUCACUGACUCAAAUAAAUUAACCAAGACUGCAUCUAAAUCUCUGACUCCAGGGAAAAAAUCUCAUUUGUCAGGUGAAACAAGCACAGGGGGUAGUCGAAGAAAAUCUCUCCAAGCUAAGUCGCCUGAGCUUGACAGCUUACGGCGAACACGUCAAAGCAAGAAAACGGGAUCCUGUGCAAGUAGCAGCAGUAGUAGGCAAUCGUCUUCCCUCUCGAAACGCCAGGGACCCAGCAGGGGCCGGGGUGAGAGCAACGAGGGAACCAGCAGUGGCAAAUCUACGACCGCGUCCAGUCGUGGCAGAACGACCGAGACCGAGGCCAACAGCAGCAGCAGUGUGAUGGCGUCAGAAGAGGCAGAGGGAGGGAGAAUGGGGGGUAGUGAAGAGACCCCCAAUCUGGCAGCCGCCACAAGUUCGGGUGGAGCUACAGCCAGUCUGACCUCUGAGAGUGAGUCAGAGGAGGCUGAUAUGGGGAGACUACAGGCCCUCUUAGAGGCCCGGGGACUGCCCUCCCAGCUGUUUGGGGCCCUCGGCCCUCGAAUGCACCAACUUCUUCACCGCACCAUGGGGGGAGGCUCUAUGAACAAAGCUCAGCAACUCCUUCAGGGUUUACAGUCAACUGGAAAUGAGGACCAGCAACUGACUGCAGCCAUUGAGAUGUGUCAGUUGCUUGUUAUGGGAAAUGAGGACACUUUAGCAGGGUUCCCAGUUAAGCAGGUGGUUCCAGCUUUGGUGACCCUACUACAGAUGGAGCAUAACUUUGACAUGAUGAACCAUGCCUGCCGGGCCCUGACCUACAUGAUGGAGGCUCUCCCUCGAUCCUCAGCCAUUGUGGUGGACGCUGUACCAGUAUUUAUAGAAAAACUGAGAGCUAUACAUUGUAUGGAUGUGGCAGAGCAAUCACUCACUGCAUUAGAAAUGUUAUCCAGAAGACAUGGCAAAGCCAUCUUACAGGCAGGAGGAAUAGCAGCCUCUUUGAUGUUCCUGGACUUCUUCAGUAUCACGGCUCAGAGAAGUGCCCUGGCCAUCACCGCUAACUGUGUACAGAACAUGACCUACGAGGAGUUCCACCUCAUCCGAGACUCUCUACAGUUACUAAGCAAUAAACUUACUCACCAGGACAAAAAGUCGGUAGAGAAUUGCUGCAUCUGUUUCUGUCGGCUAGUGGACAAUUUCCAGACUGACCAGAGGACGCUGAAGGAGAUAGCCGUCCACGGUCUCUUGACCAACAUUCAGCAGCUGUUGGUGGUCAGUCCCCCGGUCAUCAGUACCAGCACCUUCGUCAUGGUCAUCCGAAUGCUGGCCAUUAUGUGUGCCAGCUGUCCAGAUUUGGCCGUGGUCUUACUCAAACAAAAAAUAGCAGAUACUCUGUGUUAUCUCCUUGUUGGAACUUCUGAGGAAGAAAUGACUGGAGUAGAGUUGAUCUCAAGAACCCCCCAAGAGUUAUAUGAAAUUGUUUGUCUAAUUGGGGAGUUGAUGCCUGCCUUACCCACGGACGGGAUGUUUGCUAUAGAUAACAUGUUGUGUAAGGCCCAUGGGAGUAUAGUGGACCUGGUCAGCUGGCAGUGGAGGGAUGACAGGGGGGUGUGGCACCCCUAUACCUCCAUAGAUGGAAAAAUUAUUGAAGCAGCCUAUCAGUCUGGUGAGGAUGAAGUAAGUUUGAACACAAUGGGUAGAACUUACACCAUUGACUUUAAUACCUUACAACAAAUUAACGAGGACACAGGAACAGCCCGGGCUGUCCAGAGAAAAGUCAACACUACUGCUGGAGGGGCACAGAACACAGCUUCCAGUUCCUCAUCAACAGGGUCGGAGAUUAACUUGGAGCAGUGUGACUCGAGGGCAGAGGUCCUCAAAGAGGACAUGGAGCUAGCCUCAGCCUUCAUCAAAACUCUCUUUGCUGUACUUUACGAGGUCUACAGCUCCUCUGCUGGGCCUACAGUACGACACAAAUGUCUUCAGACGUUGCUGAGGAUGAUUUACUAUGCUGAGCCUAAAUUAUUAAAAGAAAUUCUACAAUCUCAACCAGUUUCAAGCCAUAUUGCUGCUAUGAUGGCAUCCAGUGAUGUAAAAGUAGUCGUUGGUGCCAUACAGAUGGCAGAAAUUCUCAUGCAGAAGUUGGCAGAUAUUUUUAGUGUGUACUUCAGGAGGGAAGGUGUGAUGCACCAGAUUAAACGGUUAGCUGACUCGGAUGUCAAGGCGAAGUCGCCCGCGAAGCCCACCUCUGUGACUGCCUCCUCCUCCAGUCUCAGUAGUUCCUCGUCUGGGUCCGUGACCUCAGAGACCGCCACGGUGGAGAAAGAGGGAGCCACUCCUCCCGCUGCCGAGGAAAGCCCCAGCUCAAGUCAAAUGAAACUAAGUGAUGUGUUGAAAAGAAAGAAAGCUCCGAAGCGUUCACUGGGAAGGAAGAACAAAGAGGAAGCCGCAAGUUCUGAGACAAAAUCAUCCUCCAGAAGCUCAAGUCGAUCAAAAUCUGCCUCCAGUAAAGACGGCAAGACCACCUCCUCUAAAAUCUCCUUCCUCCCCAGUCUCAACCCCCGCAGCUGGGCCAAGUUCUCGUCCAGUGACAGAGUGCCAAAAGCAUCCUCAUCAAAGGAUGCAGUUAUGUCCAAAAAUUUACAAAUAUCAGCUCACAGAGAGAAAAUUAAAACAUGGAUCAAAGAGCAAGCUGAUCGAUUUCUCCAGCAGUACUUUGGUCCUGAUCCAGAAGGUACGAGUCACCCAGCGUUGACAGUACUUAACCAGUUGUGUUCAGCUGCUGAGCAGAUUCAAACCGAGUUUGACAGUGGUUUGGAGGGAAUGAAAAGCAUAGCUGUGAUCAUGAGAGACAGUGACGUCUCGCCUUUUGAAAUCAUCCACAGCGGCCUUGUCCAGAAGCUGCUGGCUUAUCUCACUUCCUCAUCGUGUGUCGUCCCCCGCGACGUCAGGAUACGGCGAUUCCUGCACAUCUUCCUUAACUGUCCGGCUCCUGAUGUAUUACAUGUUAAGAGGUUAGAGAUUGAGGGAAAUCCUGCAAUGUCUUAUCUAGUCAACAAACUUAUUGGAUGUCUUCAUCAAUUAGAACAGUUUCAGGUCAAAGUUCAUGACCUUCCUGGAGGCAGUACCUCGAGUGGGAGAGGAUCUAAUGCUCUCCGCUUCUUUAAUACCCAUCAAUUAAAGUGCAAUCUCCAGAGACACCCAGAAUGCACGACCCUGAGGCAGUGGAAGGGAGGGCCUGUAAAGAUAGACCCCCUGGCCCUGGUACAGGCCAUCGAGCGGUACCUGGUGAUCAGAGGGUACGGCAGGACGAAGCCUGAUGGGGACGAUGAUAUCAGUGAUGAGGAAAAUUCUGAUGACGAUGUUGAUGACACAAUGGCUGCAGUGUUCAUCAGUCAGGGGACAGCUCGACACAAGUUAGAGUUUUUCAUGGGUGACCGAUUCCUGCCAUACAACAUGACAGUGUACCAGGCUGUCAAGAAUUUCAGUAAUCCUGGUGAAACCAGUGAAACAGAAACCGAGGCCGAAAGUCCACUGGGUCACGCCAACAUCUGGGUCCAAACUCACACCAUAUGGUACCGUCCUGCAACUGAAAGCGAUGAAGCUUCAGCCACAAGUCCAAAGAAAACCAAGGGAGACAACAAAUCUCAGAAAACAGUCAGGAGGAAGAUGGAUGAAUUGUGGAAUGAUGGUCACUGCCCUGUGAUGGUUCCUGCCCUCAAUGCCUACCUGACAGACAAACUUCCUGCUUUUGUCACUGUUCAGGAUGCCUCACUGGACAUUAUAGCUCUACUGAGGAUCCUUCAUGCCUUCAAUAGAUACUGGUCAACCAUGUAUGAGGUGCCUUGUCCAGUGAAUCCUAUACUGCCAUACACAGAAUUUCUCAGUUCCAAAUUAACAGCUAAAGCCAAUCGUCAGCUGCAGGACCCACUAGUUAUAAUGACAGGGAACCUCCCCAGCUGGCUGGCAGAAAUCUCCACAGCGGGACCAUUUUUGUUUCCAUUUGACACACGACAGCUUCUGUUUUAUGCCACCACCUUUGAUAGAGACCGAGCUUUGAUGAGACUACAGGACAACACGGGGGAUAACGGUCCAGCAGACAGCACAGACAGGGUGGCACCGAGGCUGGACAGGAGAAGGAAACAAGUCAGUAGGAUAGAUCUGUUAAAGCAAGCAGAGAAGGUGAUGGAGGACAUAGGAAACUCACGGGCUCUCCUGGAAAUCCAGUAUGAAAAUGAGGUUGGUACUGGGUUGGGUCCCACACUGGAGUUUUAUGCAUUAGUUUCUAAAGAGGCACAGAAAAGUGACCUUGACCUUUGGAGAGGGGAGGCCAUCAAGGAGAAAAGUGCAUCGGGGACAGAUGAAGAAAUUCUGUACUGUUACUCCCCAUGUGGCUUGUUCCCAUCCCCACUACCUCGAAAUGCGAAAGCCGCUGUCAUCAACAGGGUCAAGGCCAAAUUCAAGUUCUUAGGAAAGUUCAUGGCCAAGGCCCUGAUGGACUCCAGGAUGCUGGAUAUUCCCCUUAGUUUGGUCUUCUACAAGUGGCUGUUGGGACAGGAACACAGUCUGACCUCAAGUGACCUUCAGCAUCUUGACCCAGUGAUUGCCAAGUCAUUCCAACAGCUUGAGGAUGUAUUACAUCAAAAGCAGAGAAUUUUCACUGAUAAGUCUCAUACGGAUGAGAGUCGUCAGUUGGCAUUAGAGAGUUUGACCAUGGAUGGUUGUAGUAUAGAGGAUCUAGACAUCACCUUUACCCUGCCUGGCUAUCCCAGCAUAGAGCUGAAGAAAGGAGGGCAUGAUAUCACUGUUAGUCUGGAUAACCUGGAGGAAUACUUACAGUUGGUGGUCCAUUGGAGCCUGGUGGAGGGGGUAUCUCGUCAGUUUGAGGCCUUCAGGGAGGGGUUCGAGGAAAUCUUCCCUCUCUCCACUUUACAGAGCUUCUACCCAGAGGAGUUGGAGCAGCUGUUUUGUGGCAGUAAGAAGGAGGUGUGGGACGUGAAGAUGUUGAUGGAGUGUUGUCGUCCUGAUCAUGGUUACACACACGACAGUCGAGCCGUCAAGUUCCUGUUUGAGAUUCUCAGUUUUUACGAUGAUACAGAACAGAGGCAGUUCCUACAGUUUGUAACAGGGUCCCCACGAUUGCCAGUGGGUGGCUUCAGAAGUUUAAACCCACCUUUGACCAUUGUAAGGAAAACAUUUGAAGGCUCCGAGAAUGCAGACAAUUUCUUACCCUCUGUGAUGACGUGUGUAAACUAUCUCAAAUUACCCGACUACACCUCCGUGGACAUUAUGAGAGAAAAGUUGGGCAUAGCAGCCAAGGAAGGACAACUCUCUUUCCACUUGUCCUAAGAUUCUGAUUGGCUGAUGGCUCUGAGUUUGACAGAGUGGGAGGGAGAUAAAAAGUGUAGUUAGAUUGUGCUUAUUCACUCUGGAUGUACAUGUGAUUCAGCUGGUAGUAGAUACAUAAUGCCAGGAUUUGAAUUUCAUUGGAUUGUACGAAUUUCAGCCCUGCAAAACUGAAAGUGAAUAAACUUCCCAAGAUACUGCUAUUCUGGUUGUGUUUUCUUUUUUCUUUUGUUUCAUGGAUGAUAUAAAAAGAGAAUUUGUAUCUGUGACUUGAUUUUGAUUGAAUUUUUUUGUUUAUUUCUGUUAAUGAGGCAAGCAGGGCAAGUCCUUCACUUUAAAUGAAUUAUCUGUCAUUGAUAAUGUAUUUUUUUUUAUGUUUAUUGAAAUAAAUCUUGGCGUUAUAUUCAGAAAA